AUGCGCGCCCGCGGCGCUCCAUCCCAAACACACACACAUUUUUCCCCCGGACUUGGAAAGUCACCCAAAGCCGCCCCAAGUGCAGGCAAACAGACCUUGCUGACUGAAGGCAAAGACUCCUCCAUCCCACCUGCCCUCCCAGCUGCCACGGCCAUCGACCCCUCCUUUACAAGGGGCUCCUGCAACUCCCCAGCGGCGCGUGUUGGAAUGGACUUCGAACCCUGGCCUCUUGGGAUGCAAAGGAUGAAGUGACACCCCCAGCUACAUCCGAGGAGGCUCUGGGACCCGCUACGAGAGUUUUGGACCAAGGAGAAGAGAAUGGAUCUUAGAACAGCUGAGGGCACCCGGUGCACGGACCCGCCUGCAGGCAAGCCCGCCAUGGCGCCCAAGCGCAAGGGUGGUCUGAAGCUGAACGCCAUCUGUGCCAAGCUGAGCCGCCAGGUGGUGGUGGAGAAGCGAGCUGACACCGGCUCCCACGCGGAGGGCAGCCCAUCGCGGCCCCGGGACCAAGAGCGCAGUGGCCCUGAGUCUGGGGCAGUCCAGGCCCCCCGCAGCGAGGAAGACAAGAGACGGGCGGUGAUCGAGAAGUGGGUGAACGGGGAGUACAGCGAGGAACCGGCACCCACACCCGUGUUGGGGCGGAUUGCCCGCGAGGGCCUGGAGCUGCCUCCUGAGGGUGUCUACAUGGUGCAGCCCCAGGGGUGCAGCGAUGAGGAAGACCACGCGGAGGAGCCCUCCAAGGACGGUGGUGCCCUGGAGGAGAAGGAUUCGGACGGGGCAGCCUCCAAGGAGGACAGCGGCCCCAGCACCAAGCAGGCUUCAGGAGAGGCCUCCUCGCUGCGGGACUACGCGGCCUCCACCAUGACCGAGUUCCUCGGCAUGUUUGGCUACGACGACCAGAACACGCGGGACGAGCUAGCCAGGAAGAUCAGCUUUGAGAAGCUACACGCAGGCUCCACCCCGGAGGCAGCCACCUCCUCCAUGCUGCCCACCUCCGAGGAUACCCUCAGCAAGCGGGCGCGGUUCUCUAAGUAUGAGGAGUACAUCCGCAAGCUGAAGGCUGGCGAGCAGCUCUCCUGGCCGACCCCCAGCACCAAGACCGAGGAGCGGGUGGGCAAGGAGGUUGUGGGCCCCCUGCCCGGCCUGCGGCUGCCCAGCAGCACAGCCCACCUGGAGACCAAGGCCACCAUCCUGCCCCUGCCUUCGCACAGCAGCGCCCAGAUGCAGAACCUGGUGGCCCGGGCCUCCAAGUAUGACUUCUUCAUCCAAAAACUGAAGACCGGCGAGAAUCUGCGGCCCCAGAACGGGAGCACCUACAAGAAGCCAUCCAAGUACGACCUGGAGAAUGUCAAGUACCUGCACCUCUUCAAACCCGGGGAGGGCAGCCCCGACAUGGGCGGGGCCAUCGCCUUCAAGACGGGCAAGGUGGGGCGCCCCUCCAAGUACGACGUCCGGGGCAUCCAGAAGCCAGGCCCCGCCAAGGUUCCGCCCACCCCCAGCCUGGCUCCCGCACCCCUCGCCAGCGUGCCCAGUGCCCCCAGCGCCCCCGGGCCAGGGCCAGAGCCUCCUGCCUCCCUGUCCUUCAACACUCCCGAGUACCUGAAGUCAACCUUCUCCAAAACAGACUCCAUCACCACGGGGACCGUCUCCACUGUCAAGAACGGACUGCCCACAGAUAAACCAGCCGUCACUGAAGAUGUAAACAUUUACCAGAAAUAUAUUGCCAGGUUCUCGGGCAGCCAGCACUGUGGCCACAUCCACUGUGCCUACCAGUACCGCGAGCACUACCACUGCCUUGACCCUGAGUGUAACUACCAGAGGUUCACGAGUAAGCAGGACGUGAUCCGCCACUACAACAUGCACAAGAAGCGCGACAACUCCCUGCAGCACGGCUUCAUGCGCUUCAGCCCGCUGGACGACUGCAGCGUCUACUACCACGGCUGCCACCUCAACGGGAAGAGCACCCACUAUCACUGCAUGCAGGUGGGCUGUAACAAGGUGUACACAAGCACGUCCGACGUGAUGACCCACGAGAACUUCCACAAGAAGAAUACCCAGCUCAUUAACGACGGCUUCCAGCGCUUCCGAGCCACCGAGGACUGCGGCACAGCCGACUGCCAGUUCUACGGACAGAAGACCACACACUUCCACUGCAGGCGUCCCGGCUGCACAUUCACUUUCAAGAACAAGUGUGAUAUUGAGAAGCACAAGAGCUACCACAUCAAGGACGAUGCCUACGCCAAGGACGGCUUCAAGAAGUUCUACAAGUACGAGGAGUGCAAGUACGAGGGCUGCGUGUACAGCAAGGCUACCAACCACUUCCACUGCAUCCGCGCCGGCUGCGGCUUCACCUUCACCUCCACCAGCCAGAUGACCUCUCACAAGCGCAAGCAUGAGCGCCGGCACAUCCGCUCCUCGGGCGCGCUGGGGCUCCCGCCCUCGCUGCUGGGCGCCAAGGACACGGAGCAUGAGGAGUCCAGCAACGACGACCUUGUCGACUUCUCCGCCCUGAGCAGCAAGAACUCCAGCCUGAGCGCCUCCCCUACCAGCCAGCAGUCCUCUGCGUCCCUGGCUGCCGCCACUGCCGCCCCCGAGGCUGGGCCCAGCGCCACCAAACCUCCCAACAGCAAGGUCUCGGGGCUGCUGCCCCAGGGCCUGGCCGGCUCGAUCCCCCUGGCCCUGGCCCUCUCCAACUCGGGCCUGCCCACCCCCACGCCCUACUUCCCCAUCCUGGCUGGCCGUGGGAGCACCUCCCUGCCCGUGGGCACCCCCAGCCUCCUGGGUGCCGUGUCGUCUGGGGCAGCAGCCUCAGCCACCCCUGAAACGCCCACGCUGAUCGCCUCGGGAGCUGGAGACUCGGCCCCCGCGGCUGCCGCCUCUGUCCCGGCGCCGCCCGCCUCCAUCAUGGAGCGGAUCUCCGCAAGCAAGGGCCUCAUCUCGCCCAUGAUGGCCAGGCUGGCUGCAGCUGCCCUCAAGCCCUCUGCCACCUUUGACCCAGGAAGCGGGCAGCAGGUCACCCCAGCCAGGUUCCCCCCGGCCCAAGUGAAGCCGGAACCCGGUGAGAGCACCGGCGUCCCAGGCCCCCACGAAGCCUCCCAGGACCGCAGUCUAGACCUGACUGUGAAGGAGCCCAGUAAUGAAUCAAAUGGCCACGCAGUCCCGGCAAAUUCAUCUCUUUUAUCCUCGCUUAUGAAUAAGAUGUCUCAGGGCAGCCCUGGCCUGGGCAGCCUGCUGAACAUCAAGGCGGAAGCGGAGGGGAGCCCCGCUGUGGAGCCUUCGCCCUUCCUAGGCAAGGCCGUGAAGGCGCUGGUUCAGGAGAAGUUGGCAGAGCCCUGGAAGGUGUACCUGCGCAGGUUUGGUACAAAGGACUUCUGUGACGGCCAGUGUGACUUCCUCCACAAGGCCCACUUCCACUGCGUGGUGGAGGAAUGCGGCGCACUCUUCAGCACCUUGGACGGGGCCAUCAAGCACGCAAACUUCCACUUCCGGACAGAGGGAGGAGCAGCAAAAGGAAACGCAGAGGCUGCCUUCCCGGCCUCGGCUGCCGAGACCAAACCUCCCAUGGCCCCCUCGUCCCCUCCGGUCCCUCCUGUCACCCCGGCCACGGUGUCCUCUCUGGAGGGGCCCGCUCCCAGCCCCGCCUCCGUGCCCUCCACCCCCACCCUGCUUGCCUGGAAGCAACUGGCUUCCACCAUACCCCAGAUGCCUCAGAUCCCAGCGUCAGUGCCUCACCUGCCCGCCUCGCCCUUGGCAACGACUUCUCUAGAGAACGCCAAGCCCCAGGUCAAACCCGGAUUCCUCCAGUUCCAGGAGAACGAUCCUUGCCUCGCCACGGACUGCAAGUACGCCAACAAGUUCCACUUCCACUGUCUCUUUGGGAACUGCAAGUACGUCUGCAAAACGUCUGGCAAGGCCGAAUCCCACUGCCUGGACCACAUCAAUCCCAACAACAACCUGGUGAAUGUGCGAGACCAGUUUGCGUACUACUCUCUGCAGUGUCUCUGUCCCAACCAGCACUGCGAGUUCCGAAUGCGUGGGCACUACCACUGCCUCCGCACCGGCUGCUAUUUCGUGACCAACAUCACCACCAAGCUCCCCUGGCACAUCAAGAAGCAUGAGAAGGCGGAGCGGCGGGCAGCCAAUGGCUUCAAAUACUUCACCAAGCGCGAGGAGUGUGGCAGGCUAGGUUGCAAGUACAACCAGGUGAACAGCCACUUCCACUGCAUCCGGGAGGGCUGCCAAUUCUCCUUCCUCCUCAAGCACCAGAUGACCUCCCACGCGCGGAAGCACAUGCGGAGGAUGCUGGGGAAGAACUUCGACCGCGUGCCCCCCUCCCAGGGCCCCCCAGGCCUGAUGGAUGCUGAGACAGAUGAGUGCAUGGACUACACUGGCUGCAGCCCAGGCGCCAUGUCCUCUGAGUCGUCCACCAUGGACCGGAGCUGCUCCAGCACCCCCGUGGGUAAUGAGAGCACCGCGGCAGGGAACACCAUCUCCAUGCCGACAGCCUCGGGGGCCAAAAAGCGCUUCUGGAUCAUCGAGGACAUGUCGCCCUUCGGCAAGCGGCGGAAGACGGCGUCCUCCCGGAAGAUGCUGGACGAGGGCAUGAUGCUGGAGGGCUUCCGGCGCUUCGACCUCUACGAGGACUGCAAGGACGCAGCUUGUCAGUUCUCGCUCAAGGUCACCCACUACCACUGCACGCGCGAGAACUGCGGCUACAAGUUCUGCGGGCGCACGCACAUGUACAAGCACGCGCAGCACCACGACCGCGUGGACAACCUGGUGCUGGACGACUUCAAGCGCUUCAAGGCCUCACUCAGCUGCCACUUCGCCGACUGCCCCUUCUCGGGCACCAGCACGCACUUCCACUGCCUGCGCUGCCGCUUCCGCUGCACCGACAGCACCAAGGUCACGGCGCACCGCAAGCACCACGGCAAACAGGACGUGAUCAGCGCCGCGGGCUUCUGCCAGUUCAGUUCCAGCGCCGACUGCGCCGUGGCCGACUGCAAGUACAAGCUCAAGUGCUCGCACUUCCACUGCACCUUCCCGGGCUGCCGCCACACGGUGGUGGGCAUGUCGCAGAUGGACUCGCACAAGCGCAAGCACGAGAAGCAGGAGCGCGGCGAGCCCGCGGCCGAGGGCCCCGCGCCCGGGCCUCCCAUCAGUCUGGACGGCUCCCUGUCGCUGGGCGCCGAGCCGGGCUCGCUGCUCUUCCUGCAGUCGGCGGCCGCCGGCCUGGGCCUGGCGCUGGGCGACGCGGGCGACCCCGGCCCGCCCGACGCCGCCGCCCCCGGGCCGCGCGAGGGCGCCGCCGCCGCCACCGCAGCUGGGGAGUCGUCUCAGGAGGACGAGGAGGAGGAGCUGGAGCUGCCGGAGGAGGAGGCCGAGGACGACGAGGACGAGGACGACGACGAGGACGACGACGACGAGGACGACGACGAGGACGACGACGAGGACCUGCGCACCGACUCGGAGGAGUCGCUGCCCGAGGCGGCGGCGGAAGCGGCGGGCGCGGGCGCGCGGACCCCGGCCUUGGCGGCGCUGGCGGCCCUGGGCGCCCCCGGCCCCGCGCCCACCGCCGCCUCCUCGCCCUAGCGGCGCCCGCGGGUGGCCCUGGUGGCGGCCUCGGGAGCGGCGCCGCCCCGCGCGAAGCGGCCCGUGGGCAGAGCCCCGCGCCCCGCCGGUGCUUCCGGACCCCGAGUCCGUCUCAGGACAGAGGCGGGGACCCCUCUGGUGCUCCGCGGCCGAGGACACAGGCGGCGGCGGUGGCCCUGCUCUAGGGAGGCCGGGUCUCUUCAGGGAAACAGAAGGUGCUCUUGUCCCGGGGUAGGGAACCGAGGAGCAGGGGUCCCCGGGCGAAUGGGGCGCAGCUCCCGGCCGCUGCCCCGGCGCCCCUCCCCGCGGCCGAUUCGGCCCCGCGACCAUUGCUCAGGACUGGGACGGGCGCUGGGGGCCACUGGGACCCCCACCCCGCGCCACCAGGGCGGGGUGGCUCCUGGAGCCGCUGGCGGGGCCUCCCUCAUGCAGCUAGGAUCCUCCCCCCUGCCCGGGGGGAGACGGGCAGAAGGCGGUCAGCACGGGUGACACUACAGGGACCGUGGAGGAAGCCUCAUGGGAGUAGCAGCCACGGAGCUCCAGCUCAGCCCCAUCCCAGGGCCCAGCUGCUCCCCCAGGCCUGGGUCGGGUCUGUUUGGUGACUCCCUGGCCCCAGCCUCCGCCCCAGGGAAACCGAGGCUGCGUCCAAAACCCAGAGUAGCCCGCUGGGGGCCAGGGCGGGGUCUCCGCCACCCUGGUGGUGCAAACAGGAAGGAUGCGCCUGGUUUUGGCUUUAAUAUUCAAAAUGGAAAAAAAUACAAGAAAGUUGUACAGUAUUUUUCCUGUAAAGGUUAUUAUUCUACAUAGAACAAAAAGGAAGAAAGCAGGCGUGGUGAGAGUGCAGACCCGCCUGGGCCCGGCCUGAGGUUGGAGGCUCAGUCCCGUUUAUCCUGUGGGAUUUGGUCCAGCGUUUUUUGUAGAGGCCUUAACAGUUUGAGGCUGUCUGUCUUCACACUAGCACUGAUGGGAGCUGCGUGAUUCCAACUCUUAACUUGAAUUUUGUAGAGACAAGAAAAAAGGACUAUUACUGUUGAUCCAAGUUUGUAGUUAAUUUAACAUUUGAGUUCUCUCUUGGUGAUGCGUGUGGCUUUAUAGGGCUUUUUUUUUUUCCAGUUUGUUUUAUUACUUUGUUUGGGAUGCUUCUUUGCUGGUGCAGUCUACCCAGAUUGGGUUCCCUUUGCAAAACAUCCCCCUUCCUGGAGAUGAUGAGGCCAUCGAAGCCCGGGCCGGGGCCUGACCUGGCAGGCACACACCUGGCUGGUGGCUCUGAGGUCCCCGGGGACUGAGUCCCCUGCGAGGGCAGGCUGCCCAAGGCCACACCUGCCCACCUUCCCUACUCCAGGCCACCAGCUGGUGUCAGAUUGGGCCACCAGGAGAGAACAGGCCUAGGAGGGAAUGGAAGGCUGGCGGGGAGGCUGUCACCCAGAAGCCUCCUCCCCAGAGGCCUCCAGGAGGAACCUGGCUCAACUGGGGGCAGUGGUUUACUUUUCCCUUUUUUCUUCCUUUCUUUUGUUCUCUCGGCUGCCCACAGCCAGAAAGCCAGGACCACCUGAACUGGACAGGGAGCAGGGAGGGAGGAGUGGUCGCACGGAGCGUACCUGAUUCAACAGGAAAUCAGUUGUUUUCUAAAAGAGCCCCCACCAGAGCCUCCUGAACUCUGUGGGCACCACGUGCUGCUGUGAGCAUCUGCCCAGACAGUGACCCGCCACGGGCCCCAGGCGUCUGUGGAAGGAGUUUUGUAAAGGAAAAAAAACACACACACACAAACAUUUUUUCAAUGUAGCAAAAUCAAACUUAAAAAAAAGAAGAAAAGAAGAAGAUGCCGACAGUGCGAAGUCUAGCCUUUUGUAACCUUCAUAUUGCACACUAGGACUAUAAGCCAUUGCUAGCUCAUUUUGAAUUUUAACGUGUAAUUUUUGUUUUAUUUUCUUUCUGUGGGGAAACAAUGCUUGAUCCACCAAUGCUGUUUUUAAUGUUUUAUAACUAUGUAUGUGUAUAUAUAUAAAUAUCAAAUAAUAUGUAUGCACAUAUGUGUGUGUAUAUAUCUAUAUGUAUAUACAUAUAUAGAUAUAUAGAGAUAUAUAGAGAGGUUUUGAGACAAAAAAAAUACAGAACGUGAAACCCGAACUGAACAGCGUGUGCUCUGAUUACUUGAAUCUGGUCUCCUCGGCACCUGGUUAUUAAGAACUGAAUAUUUUUCCACUUGAAUUUAGUGCUAUUAGAAAUUUAAUAUAUGUGUUUUAUUUAUUUGAUUUUUUUUUUGCAUGACUGAUGCAAGGUUUGACAUUUUCACUCAAUAAAAACUGGAAAAAAA